AUGUCACGAGCAUCGAAAGGGUCUAAAACCGAAGGGAAUGCCAAACCAAAGCAACAAUUCGAGGGUGAUUCUAAAAAGAAAAAUCAAGAUGAAUCCAGAAGAAGAUCUGGAAAUGGAGAGGACGCCCGAAGAAAUCAAGGAAGAGAAAAGGUGAAGUUUCCCAGUCUAAACAUUGGACUUGGAGAACUUUUCAAGAAGAUUAAAGACUCGCUUCCAGCUCCAAAGCCGUUGCCGGUUGAAACAAAAGAUAAGAGAGACAAGAAUAAGUAUUGUGCUCAUCAAGAUCAUGGACAUAACACAGACUCUUGUCGUACACUUGCGGCUCAAGUCCAAAAAAUGAUUGAAGACGGGAAGUUGCAACAAUAUGUGAAGAAGGAUCUAGCACGGGUCAACGCUCUGGAUCUACGAGAGAUCAGAGUAAUCCAUGCAAGAGUUAAUUCAGAUUCAAGCAAGACACAUGAAAAAGUGACCCGUCUGAAGUUGCGUCACAUCCAUGACUGGCGAAUAUCGAACAAACUUGAUUACGCCAAUCUAAUUGGUACUGAAACUCUAGAAGAAGGGAAAACUGAGAUAUCUUUAUCGAACGCAGAUCUUGCUGGAGUUUAUCAGCCACAUAACGAUGCAAAUUUUAUCUUAGCUCUCAUUGGAAUGUACAAGGUACGCCGAGUUCUAGUCGAUACUGGAAGUUCAAUUAGUGUCAUAUUCUCCGGAGCGUACUCCUCAAUGAACUUGAAUGAGGGUCAAGUUGAAGCUGACAAUAAUCCGAUUAUCGGAUUCCGUGGUGAGACAUUGACAACAAUUGGAAGAUUAAGUUUUCCUACGAUUGUGGGAGGAAGAACAGUUAUGCAGUACUUCUCAUUACUAGAUUGUCGCGCACCUUAUAAUGCCAUUUUAGGACGUGAUUGGAUUCAUGCAAUGGAGGAAGUAACUUUCACUAUUCAUCAAUGUUUGAAAUUCAUUACUCCGGUAGGGGUGAUGAAGGUUAGGAGCGAUCAGGUGACAUCUCAUAAAUGUCAUGAAAGCGCAAUGGAGGAGUAUAGAAAGUCUGAAUUAAAAGGUUCAGAAAUACUCCAAGUUCGAGAAGAAAGCAUAGCAAUCACAGUGCUUCCCAACCUCUUAUCAAGGAAGAGGAAAGGAAGGACCUCCAACUAUUGA